UUGCUCGUAAGCGCCAUCGCCUGCCUUUGUUCCAGCUCUAUUUUUUUCUGUCACUCAGCUUUGGGAAAUUUGUGUAAAAUAAGAAAAAUCCAAACGAAAGAUCAACCAUGGCAUUUAAUAUGCUGAUGUCUGCCGAUGGAAUUAAAUUCAGGAUCGCCUUGCCAAUUAUCCAGCGAUGCGGACUGCUCAUGGAACUGAUGGACAGUUUGGAAUUGAACGACGAGAGGCCCCAAAAUGUCUAUUUGCCUCGUAUACAAUCGAAGGAACUGUCUAAGAUUUUGAUAUGGGCUGACUUCGACGCUUUGUUUUCGGAUCGCUUUGACGAAGAGGAUAAUGAAGAGGAGUUCAAGCCAUGGUUCGCCAACUACCUAAACGUAUCCCAUCAGUCUCUGCUACGGCUAUGGCAGGGGGCCAUGUACUUGAAAGCCAACGGCCUCAACCGACUUAUCUGCAAGUACAUACGACACAUCAUCCUGGAGAAACCACUCGCCACUCUCGAGCCUCUCAAAAUACAGUGCUACCUCACACCCGCCCAGCGGGAGCAGCUGACCAAGGACGGAGUCUCGGUGGAAAGUAUCAAGAAGUUCUGCAUGGAGCAUGUCGCUUAUCAGAAUAUCAACACCAGUGCUGGAGCAGCCCGUGCAAGCGACGACAACGAAUCGCUUGAAUAAAUAUGUAGAAUGUACAUACAUGUAUUAAAGCUAAAAAAUGUAAU